AUGCUGGCCCUGCUGGCCCACCCUGAUGAUGAAGCGUUCCCCAUGGGCGGAGCCAUUGCGAUGCACACGGCCCGGGGUGUUACAACACGGCUCAUCACGGCUACUUCCGGUGAGUUGGGCGAGAUCCGGCAACCCGGGUCGGCCACCCGAGAAACCAUCGGCGAAGUGCGCCGCGCCGAACUGGAGCAGGCCAUCGUCGAACUGGGCAUCGAGUCUCACGCUGUGCUCGGUUACCGCGAUUCGGGCAUGGCCGGUUGGGACGACAACCACCAUCCCAAGGCUUUUGUGCAAGCCAGCGAGCAUGAAGUGGUGGCUCGCCUGGUAUUCGAAAUCCGACGUUUCAAGCCGCAGGUGAUACUUACCUUCGAGCCCGGCGGACUCUACGGCCACCCGGAUCACAUUGCCAUUUGCAACCACGCUACUGAAGCGUUUCGCCUGGCCGCCGACCCCGACGCUUUUCCGCACCAUAUGGCGAUCGGUAUCCAGCCUCACCAGACUGACCGCCUGUUUUACAGUGGCCGCCCCAAGGGAUUUCGGACGCGCAUGGCGCAGACGCUCCGUGCGGCCGGCGUCGAUUUCCCGUUGCCGUCGCCAGAUCGCGUUGACGACGGAUGCGAUCCGGCGGACAUUCACCUGACCCUGGAUGUGUCGGAUGGACUGGACGCCAAGUUCGCCUGCAUCAAGCGGCACUUUACCCAGCUGCAACCCGACUGGCCCUACGAGCGCGUACCCCGGGAAGUCGCGGCGGCCGCCAUGGGCAUAGAACACUACAUCCGCGCGUGGCCCGAAGUGGCGCCCGGCGAAACCGUUCCUGACGACUUUUUUGCCGGCUUGUAA